UCCAUCUCCGACUAUACCGGUCAUUCUCGUUUACCUUUUGACUCCAUUUCACCGUGAGGAUGCGGACGAUGUUGUCCUGUAGCUGGCUCAUUGAUGGUUCACUUCUCAGCUUCUUUGGAAGUUGCUCCUUGGUUGGGGUAUUCGGUGUUACAGAUUCACAUUACCGAGCAUGUCUCAACCCGUACCGCGCUUUUAUCUGCCUAAAGGUAUCUUCACGCACGACUGGACAGGCCUUUUGGAUACGCUUGUCCAAGUGAGCAAGACCUGCCAGCAGAGCUCACUGGAGCAGGGAGACAUGCCGUCAUCCUUUUGGCGCCUGACAAAGCUUGAGAUUCAGAUCCUGCUGAACGAUGUUAAGCAGUCGAUUAACCACAUGCAGGGGACGCUGAACACCAUGCAGGGGCAGUGUAUUGAGUUGCAGACUGCCAUGUCUAAGGUAGUGUCAGAUGAGUCUCAGAGUGAUCUUCCUUGGCCUCAUCACAUGUCUCAGUUGCUCCUCCUUUGGAGGGAGGGGGACACCACCACGGGACAGCCCCUACACUUAUCGCUAGAGAUCGAACUUCAGACUCCCUCCAAAACCACUGAACCCUUCAACACACCGAAAGAGUUUAUGAUGCACACCCUUAGAGGGCGCCGGAACAGGAUAACUCCCUCCACCCUCACAAAGACACAGAGGAGGAGGAACUAUCCAACACCCAGGGAGAGAGAACGAGUGACCUCAAUCAAACACAGCCAGAAAGUGGAGGUGGAAGAGGCAUUAGAUAGAUGGAGGUUACCCCAGAGGCCAUUCCUCCUGUUCAUGUGAGCAAGAAAGAGCAGAUGGCUUCUGAUCAGCCAAAUGGCAGGCAGAGGGAGAGGUCAUAGUGAUUCACACCCACAGAGAAAGACAACCCACACAAGCUCUUAGUUGAGAUGAACCACACAGAGGUAGAGGCAGAGGGCUUUCAGGCCUAGCAAGUCCCAUUUACUUAAUGAUCAUUUUUCACUGUCUUCAACCCUCAAGAACCAGGGUGAGUCUGGGUCACCCUUUUACUGGGCAGAUAGAACUUGCAUAUCGUCAAAGACUAGGCCGAAACGUUAAUCUUUUAACCUUGCUUGAAUAAAACAAUGCAUUUUUUAUAGUGAGCAAGAGUUGGGCUUUUUCCUUUUCUAUGAUGA